AACGGGAGUUAAUAAUUAGUGAGUUAACUAUUUGUUUUCUUCUUUCAAUCAUGUAAGUUUUGGAAAUUUAUUGAAUUAUUAAUAAUAACAAGCUUUUUUGUUUCUUUUGUUCCAAUUAAGCUGCAGCAAAAUUUAUUCCAUUUAUUGUGUUGUUUAAUUUUAAAUAUUAAUUCACUCAUAUUAUGAUUUUUAAAUUUACCCACAUUAAAAUUAAUUUAUUUGAAAUUUACUAAAAUAUCCCUUUUCACGCUAGCUAUAUACUUACAAAUGACCAACACGUGUUCACCCUGAUUUUUCCCGCUCUUCUCGCGAAAAAACAAGCUCCUCCCUUGCCAUGAGCCCCUUUCAGCUGGUCUUUUCUUAACAAUGCGACCAGGUAACUCGAAAACAUCUGGCUCUGACAAACAAACAGGUAAACGGCGGCAAACAUGUGGCCCAAAUUGUGCCGACUUUGCGAGAGGCCAGCGGCCGACGGCGCCUUCAGGGCGGUCGAAUUGGACUUGGGAAAGUUCGACGAGUGGUGCCUGAAGAAUUUGGGCACCAAAUUGGCCGAUAAAGUCGAGGACGAUGACCUUCUCUGCUGCUACUGUAUCUGGGACGCCAAGUUUUUGCAAGAAAACGAGGGUGAAUAUUUCUGGAGGCCUAUAAAAGAAACGAGUUGUGGUAUUGAAGAGCUCUACAAUUAUUACAAAGCUGGCAAAGUGCAACAGUGUUGGGUUUCUUUGAAAAACGUUGAAGUUAAGGUGCCUGUUAUUGAAGAGAAAAUCUUAUCUGAAAAUGAAGCUGACGAAGCUCCUUCUGAUGCUGCAGGAAUAAUAAGUGGAGAGAAAAAAUCUAUUUACGGUAAAAGUAAAUUAUUUGAGGGGCAUCAUCCAGAACUCAUCAAAGACGUGCACGCAAACGAAGCAAUUAAGUGCAAUUAUCAUACCCAGUGCCGCACAUACUUUAAAAAUGUAAAGGACCGAGAUGCCCAUAUCAAAGAAAUUCACCUGAAACCCAGAGUAGAAAAACUCUUUGAUUGCGUUUACUGUCCGAAAUUUCGCCUUACCAGAACUCAGUUGUACCGACAUGUAAAAUGGAGUCACUUUGAUAUCAAAAUUAAAUGUAAAGUUGGCAAAUGUGGAGAUUUUUUCAAAACGCAGGCCGAUUUGGAUUUGCACGUGAAAAAUGCUCACAAAAAGGCUGAGGAGCGGAGAAAGUUCAAAUGCUCCAUUUGCGAUUAUAGGACUAGAGAAAAGUCAAGCUUGGAUCACCACAAGGCUAAAAAACACCAAAUUUCAGUCCAGCCUGUUGAGUGCCCCGAGUGCUCCAAAAGAUUAAUAAGCGCUCACAGUUUAGUUGCUCAUAUGAAUCUGAGACACAAAUUCCGAACUUGUCCAUGCUGCGACACACAAGUUCCCAUCCUAAUUUUCAGCACUCACUUGACUAAGGUUUACUGCACCAAAUGCUCAAUUCCAUUUGAUUGUACCGAACAGCAAAGAAGGCACCAGACUGAGUGCAAAGGGCCUCGGCUCAGGUGCGACAUGUGCCCAAGAACUUAUCACCGGAAGAGUUUAUUGCAAUAUCACAUUGGCACCAGCCACCUCGGCAAUCCCGUCAAAAGACUUCAGUUUAAGAAUCGGCAAUUUAAUUGCAAAAUUUGUUCGCGUUUCUUCUGUAGAAAGUCGGAUUUGAAAAUUCACAUAAAGAGGCAACAAUGUAAUUUGAGACAAGUUUUCGCCUGUGCACACUGUAGUAAAGAGUUCAUUAAUAAAACUAGUUUGAUAGCACAUCUGGCACGGAAACAUUUCCUCAUCAACAGUGAUCAUCAUUGCCAGCAGUGUGAAAAAGCAUUCUUUUCGUCUUCCGCACUGAAAUUCCACAUCGAAAAUGCACACUUGAAGAGGACGGUUGAAUGUAAAAUUUGCAAAAAGACACUCCAGGGUUAUAUUCUUUCAACGCAUAUGAUGCGCAUUCAUGGUGUUCACGGUGUAAAAAAUUUAUAAUACUUAACAAUUAUAGCUUUAAUGUUGUGGUUUUGUUUUCAUUUCGUUAAGCAACUGUAUAAAAAUAAAAUUAUAAAAUUUGUAAAAUUAAGAAUUUUAGUGUAAAUUGUAGUUGAUCAUUUUAAAUUUAAUUACCUUGCUUGUAGUUGAUGAAAUCAAAAUAAAAAUUUCCUAUUACAUUA